CCCCCCCGGAUUUAUUUAUCACUGCCCCCACCUCGGCUAUAAGCUGUGCCGCGUCCUGUGCCCACGAUGAAGCGACCGUGCGAGGAAACUACCUCAGACAGCGACAUGGACGAGACUAUUGACGUGGGGAGCGAGAACAAUUACUCGGGGCAAAGCAAUAGUUCUGUCAUUCGAUCAAAUUCCCCAACAACAACUUCUCAGAUUAUGGCCAGAAAGAAAAGAAGAGGGAUUAUAGAGAAAAGGCGCCGUGAUCGUAUAAAUAACAGUUUAUCAGAGCUGAGGCGGCUCGUGCCAACUGCUUUUGAAAAACAAGGAUCUGCCAAACUAGAAAAAGCGGAAAUACUGCAAAUGACAGUGGAUCAUCUGAAGAUGCUGCAGGCGACAGGAGGUAAAGGUUAUUUUGACGCUCAUUCCCUGGCCAUGGAUUUCAUGAGCAUUGGCUUCCGGGAGUGCUUGACAGAAGUCGCGAGGUACCUGAGCUCAGUGGAAGGCCUUGACACAUCCGACCCACUGCGCGUUCGACUCGUGUCCCAUCUGAGCACCUGUGCCUCUCAGAGGGAAGCCGCCGCCAUGACCUCCUCCAUGGCCCACCACCACCACCCCUUGCACCCUCACCACUGGGCAGCCGCCUUCCACCAGCUCCCUGCGGCUCUGCUGCAGCCCAACGGACUCCACGCCUCUGACGCCGCCCCGUGCAGACUCUCCUCGGACGUGCCCCCCCACGGCUCUGCCCUGCUCACGGCCACUUUUGCCCACACCGACGCCGCACUCCGAGUCCCCUCUGCUGGCAGCAUUGCUCCCUGCGUGCCUCCUCUCUCUACCUCCCUCUUGUCCCUCUCGGCCACAGUUCACGCCGCCGCAGCGGCAUCAGCCACCGCCAGCCCUCCGCAGGCUGGCAGCGGGGGCAGCACCAAACCGUACCGACCCUGGGGGACUGAAGUUGGAGCCUUUUAA